CAACAAAAAAAAACCCCAAAUUCCUCCUCCAUUUGCAACGAUGAUGCACAUGACCUUCUACUGGGGCCGAAGCAUCACCAUCCUCUUCGAUUCAUGGCAGACCAAUUCCUGGUCGGGCUACUUCCUCUCUCUCUUCGCCCUCUUCCUCUUCGGCGCCUUCUACCAGUACAUGGAGGAGCGUUGCCUCCGAUUGAAGCUCCUCUCCGUCGCCAAACCCCCUCCUUCCUCCGCCGCCGAGGCUCCUCUCCUCAACAAGCUCGGCGGCCGCCGCUGGGGGCCCUACCAGAUCGCCGGAGUGGUUCUCUUUGGAGUCAAUUCGGCGAUCGGGUACUGCCUGAUGCUGGCGGUGAUGUCGUUCAAUGCGUUGAUGAGGCGGUCGCCGGAGUCGUCGUCGAUGAGGAAUGCGGUGGUGGAUAGGGCGGCAGAGGUCAGGAUCAAUUUUGGCUUUUACUCUUAA